CCUAAUGUAGUGUGAUUACCACCCCUGCUCUAAUUUCUUCUCAUCUAUUUUGCAGUGACGGAUAAAACGAAUUAAUGUUGAAUUCCGUUAAUUUAUAACACAAAAAAGCAUUGCGAGUUACAUUUUUGGCGCUUGCGUCAGUCGAAGAGGAGAAGCUAGGCAUAAAACAUGAUGGAUAAAAAGUUUGGUGCCGGUCUAGGGUUCGCGGUCCUGCUUUUGGUGGGUGCCUGCUCGGCACUGUAUGAAGACCAGAUCAAGAAGUUCGACUGGCGAGCAGAGAAUGUGGGAAAAUUGCAGCAGUCGGUCGUCGACCUUAACCACUUCCAGCCACGAAUCCUGCUAAGCACUGAGGAAGGAGUGGUAGCCAGUGUAAAUGUUAAGACUGGUGAUCUGGUAUGGCGACAAGUUCUGGAGCAAAAGCCACGUGGAGCUAUCAAGCUCCUACAAGUGAGCGGGUUUUCCGAUGAAAGCAGCGACACUGCCGCUGCUCCAAUUGGCAGCAAUCUUGGCUUCGACAUGCUAACAGUACAAGGACACGCGCCAGCUCUGGUGCGAGGGUGGAAUAGCAACUUGGGUGCCAUCGAGUGGGAAUGGUCCACCAUGCCCCUGAAUACGGAACGCGCCCAGGAAGCGUUGUGGUUCUACAGCCAUUCCGUGCUUUAUCAUGUAGUACCGGCUUGGCGAAGCCAUCUUGAGGUCACCGCUUACUUUGCAAGCUCUGGCCAUAGUACUGGUAGCAGUAGCAAAGUUAUUGCAUCUUGGAUCACCGCAGAGUCAUGCCUGCUCUGUGGCAGCUACUAUGUUUGCUUAGAUGGCAAGCAGCUGAUCAGCAUCGAUCUGGCCUCGAAGAGCGGUCAGGUGAUUCGUACAACGCUCGAGUCGCAGCCCCAAGGAAAACUGAAGGCCCUGGCGGGGCUCAGUGGCGUGGUUAUUGUCGAUGGAAAGUUAAUUAGCGUGAACAAGGACCAAUCUGUAUGCAACAGCCUACAAAGUUCCAGCUAUGCUGUAGGCAGCUUCAACUUCCGUAAAAUUGUGGUUUAUGCUGAUCUUGCAUCUAACAUCCUCAAAAUAAAUGCUGUGUAUCUUGACAACUGUUCGCCGGUGGUUGAGCUGGAACAGAGCUUACCUUUCCCCGAGCAUUUCGGCACUCCCCAGCUCAACAGCUUCGAUUGCAUGCAUCGUAAGAGCGGGGACGGUAAAGGAUGUCUAUUUCUCUUGAGCACCAGUGCCGAAUCCAUUGUCGCUGUGCAGCAAGGCAAGAUCCGCUGGUCGCGCGAAGAAUCCUUGGCUAAUGUGAUUGAUUCUCUGUUUGUUGAUCUACCUCUGGCUGAUUCUGAGGGAACUUUGGAGAGAGAAAUGAAGGGCAAAGCCGGGGAUUUUAAAAGUUUUGAUAGAGACAUUGCUAGUGCCUUCUUAAGACGUAUCACCACGCAAGCCGUUCAGAUCAGAAGUUUGUUCCUUCAUGUUAUUGGCUUGGGUCCUCCACCCACUGCUACUCAGCGAGCCGGCCUCGUUCGCGACUCCUUUGGCCUUCACAAGAUGCUAGUCUUGCUCACGCAAACUGGAAAGAUUUUCGGCGUGGACAACAUUUCGGGAAAGCACCACUGGCAGUUGUACCUUCCAAAUGUCAUAGGGUUCGAUAACGCCGAAAAUAUGCGAUUGAUUGUUCAGAGAUCGGCGAAACAUUUUCCACUGCAGCCACUUUGCACUAUUUUGGCAAAGGAUGUCGCUAAUGGAAAUGGUGUUCUGUAUCGCUUCAAUCCAAUUACUGGACUCGCCGCAGAGGGCGGAUUACUUCAACUAGAUUAUAAAAUCAAGCAGCUUUCAUUGUUGAAAGAGACCGAAAAGGACUUUGUUAGGGGUAUUCUAUUAUUAGAUGCUUCUAACGAAGUUCAUGUGUAUCCUCAGCAUGCCACGCCUUUGGCCGACGGUCUUUACCUUUAUACUGCUGAUGUUAAAACCGCCGAGCUGUAUGGUUAUUUUGUAAAAUAUGCGGGAGGGAAACUGUCCAGCACACACAUUUGGAACGCUCGACUGGGAGGCCACAACUCCGAGCAGCAGAUUAUCGGAGUAGCUGCCAAGAACCCCAUUGAACACGUCCACUCACAGGGACGUGUGCUCGGUGAUCGUUCUGUUUUGUACAAGUAUAUUAAUCCCAAUCUGGUUGCGUUUGUCACUCAGGCGCCGGAUGCCACCCACAAAUCCGUGCUUAACUUAUACCUGGUUGAUGUGGUCUCCGGCUCUGUGAUUUUCACCAUGACGCAUCGCAAGGUGCGCGCUCCACUGAGCAUUGUCCACUCAGAAAAUUGGCUGGCCUACUCAUACUUUAAUGAGAAGGUUCGACGAACUGAGAUCACGACUAUUGAACUGUAUGAAGGAAAAACUCAGGCCAACAGCAGCGUCUGGAGCUCUUUGCAGGCUCCGCCAAUGCCCCUUGUAGAGCGCCAGUCUUAUAUAAUCCCUACCCUCGUUGAGGUCCUGAGGGAAACGAUAACAGAGCGCGGAAUUACCAACAAACAUGUUUUGAUUGGCACUGCCAGCGGAUCUAUCGUUGAAAUGCCAUGGCACUUGUUGGAUCCUCGACGGCCAAUUGCUUCCACAACGCAGGGACGCGAAGAGGGCGCGAUUCCCUAUAUACCCGAGUUGCCUUUGCCUACCGAGAGCUAUAUAAACUAUAACCAGACGGUAGCACGCCUGCGUAACAUUUAUACCGCUCCCAGUGGUCUGGAGAGUACCUGUCUAGUCGUUGCCACCGGUUUGGAUUUGUUUGUUACGCGAGUGGCGCCAUCAAAGACGUUCGAUUUGUUGAAGGAGGACUUCGACUAUAUUCUAAUUUCCAUUGUGCUAGUCGCGCUCACAUCGGGUUCGCUGAUUGUUAAGCAUUUAGCUUCGCGUAAAUUGCUCAAGCAGGCGUGGAAAUAGGCGUAGCAUUAUUAAAUAAUUGCUUUACAUACAAAAAUAUGUUUACUACGACCAAAUAUAACAAGGGAGAACGGCAGAAAGUAAAAAAAAGAGGACGCCAAUGGCAAUGAAAACACUGAUAUAAAUAAUAUUAGUCUUGUAGCUGCAUUGUACCCAUAAAGAAAAUAAGUUUUUUUCUCAACGCUAAGCCUAGGAAAUUUACCACAAAUAAUUAUAUAGCGUUAAACAUCAAAUAAUUAUAAUUAGCUGUUGGAACGAGGGGUUUUAUUGCAUUUUCUGAGCCAAUGAUUUAUGUUCGUUUGUAUUUCCAUAAAAGGAAAUGAAUAUAUCAGCAUUAAAAUUGUUUAAAAACUUGAAUAAAUAAAAACAAUUAGUUAAUAAAAAAAUGUGUAAAGGUGGACACGGGUAAAGCAAAUAAAGAAGUUUUUCAACAAAUAAA